AUGUCUGUGCGAGAGAAGGAGGGAGAGGCGGGUGACUACCCGCACAGUGACGAUACAUCGGGCAACAAAAAGCGCUCAACCUCGGAGAGUGUCGAGUACCCGCGAAGGCGGGCAACAAUAGCGUGUCAGAUAUGCCGACUGCGCAAGACUAGAUGCAACGGGGCUCGGCCCAAGUGUCAACUGUGUUCCGAUUUGAAUGCCGAAUGUGUUUACAGAGAACCAGGGAUCAAACUGGACGCUGGAGACAAGUUGAUACUCGACCAGUUGACCCGGAUUGAGAGCUUGCUCCAUUCGAGCCUUACAAACCAGCCGCAUGCAGCCUUGUCGACGACAUCUCCAGCCACCAGCAACGAGACUAACAUGGGCAGUGAUGAUCUAUUGGUCCGAACGACUGGAUUGCCAGCUCAUGGAAGAUUGUCGGCUGUAGGACUUGGAUCCUGGGUCAAUCCGCCUGCCAGUAUCAGCAUUUCUACCAUGCCCAAAAUGCAUACCACCCCGGCUUUGCAUCUUCUCAAAUGGCCGUUGAUCCGAGACUUGGUCCCCGAGGCCUAUAACCCGCAACAUCUGCUCCGACUGGAAAUGGCCCGGGAGCCCCUGCGGCUGACUCCGAAUUCGGGGUUUGAUCUGACCAAUGCAUCUACAUAUGCCCAGGCAUUUUUCAACCAGGGCAAUGUUUGGUAUGCCUGCGUGAAUCCUCAUACCUGGAAUCAGUACUAUCAAUCAGCGCUAGCACAGGGGUUUCAAGGAGGCCCGAUGAGCUGUCUUGUUCUCCUAGUAUUGGCUCUUGGGAGUGCUGGCCACAGUGGCAGUAUCUCGUUUGUACCGGCCGAUCACGAGCCGCCAGGGCUUCCUUAUUUUGCUGCUGCAUGGAGCUUUCUGCCAUCUGCCAUGAUGCAGAACACCGUUGUUGCGGCACAGUCUAUGGUGCUGGCCGCUGCCUAUCUGUUUUAUCUAGUGCGGCCUCUAGAGGCUUGGACUUUGCUGGCUAACGUGAGCUUGAAGUUACAGUUGCUAUUUGGUAGCCCGGAUCGAAUUCCUCCCCGAUGGAGAGAACUGAGUGUCAGGGUAUACUGGAAUGCUCUGCUGUUUGAAAGUGAUCUUCUCGCGGAGCUGGAUCUCCCGCAUUCUGGCAUUGUCAACUUCGAGGAAGUAGUAGACCUCCCAGGCGGAUUUGAAGAAGAGGAGAACGACGGGGAUGGGGAGGAUAGAGAAUGGAAUGAACAGAGCGGGACCAGGAAUCGCCCGUCGGAUUCUCAGCUUGCCAGUCGGAAUGAUGAGCUCUGGUACUUCCUGGCCGAGAUUGCGCUACGAAGAUUGUUGAACCGCGUCAGUCACAUUAUCUACCAAAAGGACAGCACGCACACUCUCUCAACACUGGGACCGAUCGUCUUCGAGCUUGACUUUCAGCUGUCUCAAUGGUACGACAGUCUUCCUCGACCGAUUCAGUUCCCAUUGACAUCGCCCCCUCUUUCCAAUCCAAUUCAAACGGUGCUUCGGCUCCGCUAUAACGCAUGUCGCACUAUCAUCUAUCGUCCUUAUAUACUGGCAGUCUUCGAAAACGAACAGGCUGGAUCGGAUGCCGGGGUGAAAGAGUGCUGCCGGCGAUGUCUCGACGCAACCAUCCGUCAAUUAGAGCAUAUCACUAGUCAUCGCGAGGGUCAUCUUCCCUACCUUUGGCAGGGUGCUCUUUCUAUAGUCUCUCAGACACUGUUGAUCAUGGGGGCCUCUCUCUCCCCGACCCUCUCGGCCCUACUCCCACCCGCACCCAGGACCGAUGCUAUCAUCGCGGGUGUUGUCUCAGAAGUCGAACGAUACGCACAUCUUGCACCUAGCUUAAAGUUAUCGGCUGAGAUUGUUCGAGAUGCAGAGCGGCGGAGACGAAUGCGUCUGCGGCCGAGUUAA